UUGCUGAACAGCAGCAUGGAUCAGAGCAUCGGCAGCAGAGCAGCUUCCACCAGCCCUUACAACUCUGAGCACCCCUCCAAUGUCCCAACGCAUUCUCCCUACUCGCAGCCCAGCUCUACCUUUGAUGCCAUGUCCCCAGCUCCUGUCAUCCCCUCCAACGCUGACUACCCUGGGCCCCACCACUUUGAGGUGACGUUCCAGCAAUCCAGCACAGCCAAGUCUGCCACUUGGACAUACUCACCGCUGCUGAAGAAGCUCUACUGUCAGAUCGCCAAGACAUGCCCCAUCCAGAUCAAAGUGUCCACGCCGCCCCCGCCAGGCACCGUCAUCCGGGCCAUGCCCAUCUACAAGAAGGCAGAGCACGUGACAGAGGUGGUGAAGCGCUGCCCCAACCAUGAGCUGGGACGCGACUUUAAUGAUGGCCAGUCCGCUCCAGCCAGCCACUUGAUCCGGGUGGAAGGCAACAAUCUCUCUCAGUACGUGGACGACCCUGUCACCGGAAGGCAGAGUGUAAUGGUGCCAUAUGAGCCACCACAGGUUGGGACUGAGUUCACCACCAUUCUGUACAAUUUCAUGUGCAACAGCAGCUGCGUGGGAGGGAUGAACAGGCGACCCAUCCUCAUCAUUAUAACCCUGGAGACAAGAGAUGGCCAAGUACUGGGGAGGAGAUCGUUUGAAGGGCGGAUCUGCGCCUGUCCCGGCCGAGAUCGGAAAGCCGAUGAAGAUCAUUACCGAGAGCAGCAAGCCCUGAACGAAAAUGCAGCUAAAAAUGGCAACGUCAACAAGCGCACUUUCAAACAGAGCCCCCCGGGGAUUCCAGCACUAGGGGCUGGCGUUAAGAAAAGGCGGCACGGGGAAGAGGAAAUGUAUUAUGUCCCAGUUCGUGGCCGGGAGAAUUUUGAGAUCCUCAUGAAGAUAAAGGAAAGUCUGGAGCUGGUGGAGUUAGUCCCGCAGCAGCUAGUCGACUCCUAUCGGCAACAGCAGCAGCAACUCCUGCAGAGGCAGAGUCACCUGCAGUCCCCUUCCUCCUACGGGCCCGUCCUUUCGCCAAUGAACAAAGUACACGGAGGAGGGAUCAACAAACUGCCGUCUGUCAACCAGCUGGUGGGGCAGCCACCGCAGCACAACUCCAGCUCCGGGCCCAACCUGGGCCCAAUGGGACCUGGAAUGUUGAACAGCCACCCCAUGCAAUCCAAUGGAGACAUGAACGGAGGCCACUCCUCCCAGGCCAUGGUCUCAGGUUCACACUGCACUCCUCCUCCACCCUACAACCCUGACCCCAGCCUUGUCAGUUUUUUAACAGGCUUGGGGUGUCCAAACUGCAUCGACUAUUUCACCUCACAAGGGUUACAGAAUAUUUACCACCUGCAGAAUCUAACCAUAGAGGAUCUCGGAGCACUGAAGAUCCCAGAGCAGUACAGGAUAAUUAUCUGGAGAGGCCUUCAGGAACUCAAACAGAGCCAUGAAUAUGGAGCCCAGCAGCUUAUCCGCUCCAGCAGCAAUGCCUCCACCAUUUCCAUUGGCAGUUCUGGGGAGCUGCAACGGCAGCGCGUCAUGGAAGCGGUGCAUUUCCGUGUGCGUCACACCAUCACUAUCCCUAACCGCAGCGGGGCUGAUGAGUGGGCGGACUUUGGCUUUGACCUCCCGGACUGCAAAUCCCGCAAACAGUCCAUAAAAGAAGAGUUCACAGAGGGAGAGAUCAACUGA